AGGCGAGAUGGCUACGCUGAUGUUCCGCGCCUGCGCGUACGACACGACGUCCCAGCACGACACAUCUGCUCUGCUGGAGCUGAGGCGAUUCAUGACCCAGCGGGGCAUUCCGUGGCCCUCGAAGCUGUCCUCUCCGGCAGUCAGGCCUUUGGGCGUACUCAUCGACCUGGCGUUCAAGUGGCAGGUGCCUCUAUGGUUUACCGUGCGUUUUGUCCGCAGAAGCGCGAAGCCGGGCAGCAGUCCGCCAGCUGUGAUCAUUGGGCCGAGCUCCUAUACACUCGUCUGGUUCAGUCUGCACAGAGAUAUCGUCAGGAGGGGUGCCUUUCAACAUCACUGGCGCCGGCUACACGAUGCCCUGUCCAACACCUCGAACGCCAGCGAAUUCAGCGUCCUACGCGCGCAGAACACGGCCGAUGUCGAUUCGACGGUGCUGGGGGAGCUGGCCAACGCUCUGACCAAUGGCAGCGGGCCCAGCGACGAUGUGGAGCUGCGAUACGUGAGCCGAGAGUACACGCCGAGCAUCAGCCACACCGAGUGGCAGCAUCAGCUCCAGGAACAUGUGCUGCCCAACAUCGACGGCAACCACCUGCUGCGUGUUUCCAACAGCGCCAUCCUCAGGGCCACCGACGUGCUCUUCUCCCGGUUCACAGAAAGCACGCUGCUCGAGAACAUGGGCUGGUUCUUCGCCCGGCUGUUCGCACCGCUCGCUGACCCGUCACUGCUCCGCGACCGCCACGGGACGCACCACACAGGGGAAGAGGAGCUCUUCUGCGCAGCCCAGGUCGAGGCAGUGUUCCGGCUGCUCGUCAUCUCACUGUACACGGUCCCGCGAUUCUCGCCGACGCUGCGCGAAGACAUCAACCAGCUUCUUCACGCCAUCCGCGGAAUGGUAGCCGACAAAGUGAGCGCGCUGGCGUGGUUGGACGAGGAGUCUAAGCAACGCGCCGAAGAGAAGCUCCGCGAGAUGGGCACCGUGCUGUGGCCCCCCGAUAACAUGAUGGAUAAUGCGGGACUCGCGGCCCUGUACUCAAAGUUCAGGCAGCCGAGCGGCCCGUCCUGGACGGUCGUGGACUCCUGGGUCCACUACAGGGAGGCGAUAAACAAUCUGGAACAGGAGUAUCGCGAUGUGGUGCUGCAGCUGCCGGCUAACAUGGAGCUACCACUCGUCGAGUACGACUACCUACGCAACGAGGUGCGCGUGUCGGUGCAGGCGCUGUCGCGGCCUGUCUUCUACUUCGAGGGUACGCGUGGCAUGUUCUACGGUGGUCUGGGCUUCCUAUACGCCGCCGAGGUCGUCCGAGCGUUGGACGCCGACGGCGCGAGACGCGAUGCCAGCGGCGUGCUGGUCACCAACGGGUCCUGGCUGUCGCCCACGUGGACCGAAGCCGUCGUGGACCGCGAAGAUUGUCUACCAGAGUCCGGUGGUUACUUCCCAGAGAUCCCAGCCGUCGAGGUGGCCUAUGCGUCCCUUGAGAAGGCACUGGUCGCCUCCGGCGAGCGGAUGCGCACGGCUCGCUCAGCCUUCUCGCAGCGCCGGCUCUUCUACGUGACCUUGUGCUACUUGAUGUGCGCGAACCAGACGCUCCACCCUCAAAGACGUCCGUUUGCAGGCGACUGCAACAAGGCGGUGGCCAACUUCCCGCGUUUUGCCGAGGACUUUGGGUGCGGCACGGACGCCAGGAUGAGGCGCGAGAGGCCCUGUGUGUUCUUUGGCUGAACAAGUGGGGGGCGCGCAUAUGUUUCCGCCCGACAUUACAGGCGGAGGAUAUACGGUACUCCUCGGGUACACGUUGUGGGACGGCGGAUAUCCGUGUACGCCUCGUGUGUCGUACAGAACGCUAACGUCACGUUCAAAUUGCCCGAGCGUGACUUAAUGAACAACAGUGAUUUUCUUUGCGUUUGUUUGAGUUCGUGCUUAUCGUCACUUUUUUAGCUCUCGUCGUUAUAUCUUGUAAUACUUGUAACUGUGGACACGUACCAUGUGCAACCCUGGCUUAUGCUUUGGUUUGAUUGGAGAUUUACCCUGUGUAAUCUUAACAUGCUUUGGAUUUUAAUUCGUUCCCGCUCACAGAGCAUCCAGUACUUCUCUAAGCACUGUCGCGAGUGCUCCGCCUUGAAUAAUGCAUAACGAAGGAGUUUUCUUACGUUAUAGCUGGCACCAUGGAUUUGUACACGCAAGUCGUGCAGCAUACAUUGAAUGGGCGUCAGCCGUCAGUGCAAAACCGCUCUUGACAUUGCUUUGAAAUUGACGGCUUUUAAAUGCCGUAUUGCCGCCUUCUCUUAUAAGGAGUUCUCAAUAGCGAAUGAGCACCUCAUUCAUCACCUGUUAAUUCUCACGCCAUGACCAUCCAAGAGUCGUUACCAUAGAAAUUGCAGUGGUCCUGGUAUGUAUAAUACCACAAGGACCUCUUCCAAAGCGUGAUGUAGAAUAAUGCGCUAUGGUGUUCAAUUCGUUUAAGCCUUAAACCGUAUAUAGGCUACGGUGACAACGUGACGCAUGGCAUUGUUGAUACGUACGCAGGAUGCUCCAAAGUGCGGUUAGAAUAGUGUUCUAUACAUCGAUUGCGUUAGUGCGUUGGUGCACACUGGUGCGUUGAAUUCACAUUAAGUAUUAACUGUCAGUGUAGCUGUGCCUUCCGUGUCGUGACGUACGUGAUCGAAACGAACUUUGUGCCAAAACACAGUUGUGCGUUGACUGCAUUAGGCAUAAAAUGUGGUAACACAGCCGCAAAUUCUGCUGAAAUCGAUCGAAACGCUGAACUCUUGUUAGCACUGGUGUUAUUGUGCAUGACAUCAUAUCGGCGCAGCUUUCAGUCAUGUUCCAAUAGCCUUCGGACGUUCAAGCAAAGUUUACCUAUGGGCAGAAAGCUUGGAAAAGUACCCGCACAAACUCUGCGCGUAUUUUUCGUCGUUCGGCUCGAUUUUUGUAGUGAUUGAGUCUGUCGUCUGCGGAGUUGUGGAAUAGACUGCCAAGCAAUGUUAUAAAUACUAAUACAGUCGCAAGUGUCGAGUCCUACUUCCGUUUGUUUCCAGAAAAGUGAUCUCUCCAGAAAAGUGAUGCCCGAUUCUUAUUUUGUUUUUGUGUUUUAAUGUUCAUAGCUUACUUGACACGAUAUCGCGUGUGAUGUGCGGGCUGACUGCUUUUGUUUUAUAUCUUUUGAACCUUUUGCGCUCGGGCGCGCUGCUGACCUCUAGCUGGAAUAUCGCAGCCGGCAUGCAUCUCUU